AUGCCUGAAACCCAGACACACAAGCGUCAUCAGGGCAUCCCUGCUGAUAUACGCGAGAGAAUGAUGAGCUCCCUCAAUGUUCUACGCGACAAAUAUUCCGGAAUAGACAAAACGGAGGAGGAAAUGGCAGAAGUGGAGAAAAAUAUUGACGAAUGUCAUCGCUUUUUGGAAGAAAGAAUAAAAGUGACGUUCUCAGAUGCCUCAAAGGUUGAACUUGAAAACUUGAAUGUCAAGACGGGGCAACUCAUUUUCAACCCUCGCAAGAUCGAUCAGUUGGCACAAGCUCGAGCGCAGCAUGUCGUUGUUGGGGAACAGUUAAAAGACCUUGGCUCUCGAUUGCAAAAGAUCUAUCGGCGCGUAAAUAUGAUGAUUGGGGCUAGGAUGAUUUUCGAAGCCAUUCUCAUGUCAUUGGGAGACAUUAUUACAACACUGUCUCCCAAUCGAGGUUUUGUUAUCAUUCCGGAAAUGAAACCAAAGGAUGCCUUGUUCACGAAUCGAGGAUAUCAGGUGAAAUUCACUGGGACUAUUGACUACGUUGUCAUCCAGUGCGAGAAAGGCAAAAACGGCGACUACCAGGAAUUUCUUGUUGGUGAAACCCGGACUGAACUUGAAGGCGUUUUCCGGCGUGCGGCUGGACACUUCUUCCUCAUAGAAGCCGAAUUGAGAUCACCUGAGUGGGAUGAACUCAUCCCGGAAGCCGUCGCGCAGGCAAUGACGAUUUCGUCGAACGCGAACUUGAAUACUGUUCGCUUCUGCGUUUCAGAUGGCACCUAUUUCGCCUUUUAUGUGUUGAAAAAGAAAAGGGGGGUCUUCACAUACUAUGGAUCAAUCUUUCGGAAAGUUCAUCCAGACGAUGAUAAUUUUGACGACGAGCUUCAAGUGAUUAUAAACCUUCUUCUUGAAUGGCUCCAGCCCACACGAACUGAUUUGUACCAAUUGAAAGAGAACCGUAGUCGAGGUCCCCGAAUGUCCUUCACAUUCCUCCUUCCUUGA